AUGUCGAGCAACCCCCAAGAAUCUCCACAGCAGCAGCAACAACAUAUUCCGGCUUGGAAGAAGAUGGGUCUGAAACUCAAGUACGCUAAAGAUACGGUGGAGGAGACGGAGACGGAUAAGGGAAUUGUGGAUAAGAAGCAGCAGGAUCGCAAGAAGAGCAAGAAGAGACGGCUUGAGAAUGAUGAUGAGGAAGAUAAGGAAGUGAAGGAGGACGAUGGGGAGAAGAAGAAAAAGAAGAAGAAGAGGGUGUCGUUUUCGGCGGAUGCGAAGAAAUUGGAUGGUGAUGCGGAGGAUCAGGAGGAGGAGCAGGAGCAGGAUCAAAUGAAGAUUGAUGCUGACAUUCCCGGGGAUGAUACUGGAGACAAGGCUGAUGAUGAAGGCGAGGGAAAGAAAAAGAAAAAGGAGAAGAAGAAGAAGAACAAGAAGCAGGACGGUUCGAAUGAUGCUUCAUCCACCACGACACCGAGAAUCCACGAAACGCCUAUCCUUUCCUACCUGAGUCUGUACCACAAGCAUCGGUCGGCGUGGAAGUUCCAGAAGAACCGCGAGACGCAUCUCUUCAAGCAUGUAUUGUCACUGGAGCAGGUCCCGACGCUGUACAAUGCGGCUUUGCUUGCCUAUCUACAGGGUUUGAAGAGCGAAGGAGCGAAGUUGCGGUUGCGACAGAUUGCCGAGGAGGUCAUCAAGGCGGAAGCCGAUGCUGAGGAAGAUCAAUCAAGUACUCCUUCGCAGACGGAAGAGUCGAAGGAGGGUACCUCUUCUGAAGCGAAUGAGGACUCCGCGGCGACGGAUAAGGCGAGUUACGACAAGGCUGUUGGUGUCUUCCGGACACGCUUGGCUGCGGGUCAAGAUAUCGACUGCCAAGAUGUUACUGGGCAGCUCAAUGCUGAGACGCUGAAGAAGUACGAGAACAGGGCACGGGCUGAGCUCAUUCUGUUUGCUGUUAACGGUACGCUGUUCAAUUACCACAAGCCGAAGCCUGCUGCGCAGAAAGGAAAGAAGGGGGCGCAGAGCCAGCCCGGCAAGAAAAAGAAGAAGAACCGUACUGCUAUCGUUGAGAUCUCGAGCAGCAGUGAGAGCGAGAGUUCGAGCGACAGUGAUAGCGACAGCGACAGCGACGACGAGAAGAAGACCAAGGCCAAGCCUACAGCCGCUAAAGCCUCGUCAUCGAAAGAUAGCAGUGACAGUGAUAGUGACAGCAGCAGCAGCAGCAGCAGUGCUAGCGACAGCAAUUCGGACAGCUCAAGUUCGAGUGACUAG